AUCUAAAAUGGGGUCAUAUUACCAAGAUUAUGCUGGUGAAUAUUAAAAUGAGAACACAUCUUUUAACAUCACUUGGUCAUGGAAUCUAACAGUUUUAUAUGUUUACACUUGAUUUAGACAAACAGUUUGCUGUUCUAAACAGGCUGCAGUAGGCAUGGGUAGGCAAGGAUGUGGUUACGUAGUUUAAAAGAAGAAGUGUUUUUAUCUGACGCCACAGUCUGCUCUCAGGAAAGUGUCAGAGAGUCACAUCAGAGCACAUUUACAUUGAUUCACCAUGAGAAACAAUUGCACCUGUAAUUUAACAGACGUGGACUCGCUCAUGAAGCCUUUGGAGUUGAUCAUCUACGUGCCCAUCUUUGUGUUUGGCAUCAUCCUAAAUGCCACUGCACUUUGGGUGUUUUGCUUUUUUUUUAAAAAAUGGACUGAAUCCACCAUCUACAUGAUGAACUUGGCUGUAAUGGACCUGCUCUUGCUGCUUCAGCUGCCCUUUAAGAUGCACGCCACAAAUAACCUUUGGUCAGCAAACAAAAAACACUUCUGUUCUUUCCUGGAAAGCCUGUACUUCAUGGCAAUGUAUGGAAGCAUCUACAUCAUCAUGUCCAUAUCUGUAGACCGCUACCUUGGCAUAUGCCAUCCAUUCCAUGCCAAGCAUCUGCGUUCCAAGAAAAGUGCCUGGAUUGUGUGUGUGGUAAUUUGGGUUUUUGUGAUAGCAGCGACUAUUCCAGUUUACACCUUCCGUGAAACGGGAAAAGAUGAAUUCCACUGCUUUCAUGGCUUUUCAGAUAAGGGAUGGAACCCAGUGCUUAUUGUGUGUCUGGAACUGUUUGGUUUCCUGCUGCCUGCUCUUGUAAUUAUAUAUUGCUCAGUGCAGAGUAUCCGUACCCUGCAUGAUCCAACAGUCACAAGAACUCCCAUCCGGAUCAUUUACAGCAGCCUGUGUGCCUUCCUUGUGCCCUUUACACCAUGCCACAUUGCAAUCUUUCUCCAGUUCCUGGUGCGCAGCACCAUCAUCUGUGAGUGUGACUCCAUAAAAAAGAUUUCCCUGUUUUUACAGCUGUCUCUCUGCCUUGCCAACAUAACAUGCUUCCUAGACGCCAUAUUCUACUACUUUGUGGCCAAAGAGGUACGGGCAAGUAAGGACAAAAUCAGACAAUCCAUCACUAGAAUGAGAAGUAUGAGUGGUUCAGACACAUAAGAAAGAUCUUUUUUCUUGUUGUGGAUUCCCAAGACAUGAUGAUGCUUACUAAGGCUCAUUAUUGAUACGGUAAUUUGUUAAUAUAAUAUGCAUCAAAGGCAGAAGAAAAAAUCCGUUUUGAUGACUUUUAUGAAGAGGCUGCAACAUUUGAUCAGGUGUGAAGUGUUCGAUUAACAAAAGCAGUGAUGCUUAUGAAGACAUUUUUACUCAUUUCUAACUACAGUUUUGUAUACAGUAUGCCUCAUAUGUGUAAGAUAGAUCAGGGUUUCUAAUCUGACUCACCUCGACAGCCUGUCAAGGAUGGUUCUCACGCGAAGGGAGCGUGCCGAGUUGAACAGAGAUUUCAGAAAUGAAUAUUCAGAAGUUUAUGAGGUUUAUCCAUACCAAUUAAUUAUAGCAUCAUUUUGUUCAACUAAUUUCUUUUAUAUCCUGUGUGUCAUAGGGAGAUGAAGUGUGUGCAUGAGAAGUUUAAUAUAUUUUCAGAAACAAUUAUUUAAUUGUGGAAAGUUCUGAGAAACACAGAGUCUACCACUGGCAGCCUUCUUUAGGUGGGUGAAGGAGUGGGCACAGGCAGCAUGCCUGGCAGUUUCAGUCUGCCUCAGAGUGCUACAAUUCACAAGCCUAUUGUACAUAGUAUCUUAGUGAAAAGCAUUAUUUAAAAGUGUUAUUGCUUAAAAUUUUUUUCUAUAAUUUCUUUGUAACAUAGUCUCAUAUUUUAUUUGUUAUUAUUUUUGAGGUAUAAUAUGGAUGUAAAAUACAGUACAUACAGGUAGAGUUAAUACCUAAGCAGUAAUACAGAAUAAUAAUUUUUAGUUUCCUUAAGAACGUGUUAGCCCUUAACUAACUGUAACCUUUUUCUUGUGUGUGUGUGUGUGUUCGUGUUAAAAUUCUUGUUACUGGAUAAUAAUCAUAAAAAAAUCUUGCAACAUAACAGUGACAUAAAUAUUUUUUUUGUUGUUUUUUUGACAAAAAUUCAUCUAAAUCCCAGUAAUCGAACAGUUUUUAGCUAACUAAUACCAAAGAAGUACUGUAUUUUCUGACAUAUUUAUUUUAAGAGCCUAGAUUGUGUGAAUAAGUACAGUACAUUCUGCGGGAAGAUAACGUAACAUAUUACUGCUUUCAUUUUCCAGAAUGAGGUUACAGUUUUUUUUUCUGGAGCAUUACCAUUAAUCUGUGAAUAUUCUGAAUUAAACUGAAUAAAGUUUGUCUGAGAAAAUCUGCGAGUGUAUGGUGAGUGACUGGUGAGAAACUCGCAUAUUCUUUCUUUAUAACAAACUAGUUGUACUUCAAUCUGCUUUCAAUCCCUGUUGUGAUUUGUUUUAUACAAAAUUAAACUAUUCAUUGCUAUAUCAUACAUUAUCUAUUAAACUUGAAGGGAAACUAUUCAGCAAGAAAGUAUGCCACAGGUUGUCC